GGCAAUUCACCUUGUCCACUUGUUUGAAUGGUGUUAGCUCCACGCUGAGGAAGUUGACAUUUUGAGAUGACAUGCUGAAAUGACAUGCUGAGAUGACAUGCUGAGAUGACAUGCCGUUAUAAAUAGGAUCUGUACCAGAUCACACCAACAGGCUGAAUGUUGUGGGACAGGCGGGGUUUGAACCCACUUCCCCUCGUUCUCACUGUUCUAGUCCUUGCCACACUGCCAGGUCACGUGACGGCCAACACCCUGAUCACGCGACCUGGCCUGUCAGACACCCAGUGCGCAGGCGCGUGUGUUGAUGAGAAGGAGAUCGACUGCCGCUACUACAAGUUCAACAAGGUCAAGGAGUCUUGCGUCCUGUCUGCAGAACCGGAUGUAGCGGUGCCGGAUAUGAGGAAGGUGGACAAGCCAGAGGUUGGCCCCAUCAAGAAACCAGCGUCCUCGUGGAUCGAACAGCUACAGGCGCGUGUCUUGGCCCUGGAGCAGAGGAAUAUUGAUGUCAAGAACCUCCACAAGGAGACAACAGAGUUGAGGGCAGAAGUGGCGGCUUUGAAAAAUUCACGGGCUUUGACUCACCAUCUCCUGAGGACAACUAAGGAGCAGACGGAUCAGAACAUUGCUGCUGAAGACGAGAAAACGGAAGUGCUGAAAUCUGAGACUAAGCGGGUCGAGGACGCGGUCAUGACCUUGGGCGAGCUUCAGAAGACCUUCAGUGACAAGGUCAGAAAGGUCAACGAGGAAGAGAAGGGCACAAGUCUCACAGUGGCAAUGCUGUCCCAGUCAGCUAAGGAUAUGAGGGCCAGUAUCAGAGAGCUAGCCACGUCAACAUCUGACCUGAAGAACGGCCUGACCUCGGUCAAAAGGUUGACCUCAGAGUUGGAGGUCAGAUUCGCUGGUCUAUCUGCUGACGUCAUGGAGAAAGUGGCUACCAUAGAUACGCUGGUGGGACCAGAGCUGAAGGAGAUGAGAGACUCCCAGGCGACCCUAGCAGAAGCCCUCAGUCUGCUGACCAAAAAAAUAAUGUCCUUGACCCCCAGAAUUCCAGCCCUCCAGAAACAACUGAACAAGAAGGAGGGCAUGCUGGCUGUGGUGACGAAGAAGAUGGAGAGUCUGGACAGUCAGAUCGACUUCCUCAAUGAGAGGCUGCGCUUCUCAGAGAAACAGCUGCGGAAAGUUAUAGAUCCGGGGUCCAAGAUAAACCUGGAACAACGCCGAAUCUUGACCUACUUACGGGGGCAGGUGGCAUCGGUGCAGGACAAUCAGAAGAGAAUUGAGAACGACAUUCUAGUUGAGAUAUCUGACCGCACGCACCUGUACAAGGAACUGGCCAGUCUCAAGGUCUCAAGGAAAGCCAUAGUGGACAAAGUGGUCAGUCUAGAGAUGGCUGUCCGAAAUUUCAGAUCCAGCAUAAGAAAGUUAGCCGUGGAGGGGCCCAAAGGUCGUCUGGUGACCAACAUACUAAACAGGCAAGUGGCGGCCCUGAGGAGUCUGAAGAAGCUCCGAGACACGCAGGUGGACAUCCAGAACUCGCUGGUCAAGUACAAGCUGACCCUGCUCAAGACGCACGAGGAGCUGAUGGAGAGGGACCGGAAGCGGGCCAUCAGUGACGUGGCGCUCAGGAAGCUCCAAACUAAGCUCAUGGAGCUUUACAGCAAAAUGGAGCGGGCCCUGUCCACUAGUCUGACCUCCGACGAAAUGACCAAGCUGGUCAAGCAGCAGAAGGAGACGAUGGUCAAGAUCGCCAUCAUGGAGAAGCUGCAGCAGGAGCUUCAGCGGGAGAUCGACAACUACAGGAGGUCAAAGGGCGCGGCAGGUGCCAAGCAGGACGAGCAGCGCAGGGAGCAGGAGACUGAGACCAAGAAGAUGGCGGAGAUCAGGGCCCAAACCAUGGAGCUUUACAACACGCUCAACUCUAAGCUGGAACAGCUGGAGUCGUCAGAUGCUUUAGAAAAACUUGCAGACAUCGCCAAGUCUCAGGACACAGUGGUCAAGUCUCUAGCAGACUACAAGUACUCCCUGCAACAGACUCAGUCAGAAGUGGCGGCACAGAGAGAGCUCCAGAAGAAGGAGGCCCAGAGUACAGCAGUCCUACAUCAGGAGCUGGAGGACCUACACAAGUCUAUGGCCUCAGUCCUGGGACCUCAGGGUCUGCCAGAGAUGCAGGUAGACAAUGCCGACCUGCCGUUAACAGAGUAAAUGCUCAGAUUUGUUGAUGUCAGCUGUCAGAAGCUCGCCAGGGGUGAACGACCGGUCGAUGGUGUGGAUCACUUGACCCCACGUCUAGCAACACGUGGAUCACUGUAGCCGUCAACUGUUUGACUGCGCCAUGUUCGUGACGUCACUAAGAUGGACGUCCAACAGGAACUUCCUAGACCGUGACGUGUGUUGAAGUUUGACUUGCCCCCCCCCCCCCCCCUGCCAUUCUAGUCCUACUACGUGUGUACUGUCAGGGUCGGUCAGCUACAGGUGGAGUAGAGUGGAGCGACCAUCAAUGCUGGACAAGCCUACCUCUCACGAGUUUCUUAACCUAUACAAUCUCCUAUUGUACCAAUAAAAUCAAUUUAUGCAUCUAUACAAUCUCCUAUUGUACCAAUAAAAUCAAUUUAUGCAUCUAUACAAUCUCCUACUGCACCUAUACAAUUACAAUGACCUACUUUAUAACUUAUGCCCGUCAAGUAGCUUUUAACCCUUUUACAAAAUGUAUUGUAUUGACCACGCCCACUCCAUACAAACACGCAUUGACCACGCCCACUCCAUACAAACACGCAUUGACCACGCCCACUGUAUACAAACACGCAUUGACCACGCCCACUCCAUACAAACACGCAUUGACCACGCCCACUCCAUACAAACACGCAUUGACCAGGCCCACCCCAUACAAACACGCAUUGACCACACCCACUCCAUACAAACACGCAUUGACCACGUCCACUCCAUACAAACACGUAUUGAUCACGCCCAGCCCCCUGUACAUUUAAUCUGUUUUUUUUACCGUUGUUAUUUUUCGGUCAAUUUUUAUUUUUUAUAAAUGUUUUUUUACCAAGUACAAUGUCACGUGACUUGUUCAUUUCUGUUUAAAUCAUAAGUCAGCAGGGAUAAUUGCAAUAAAAA